AUGUCUGUUUUAGAGAUUGCCCGUUCUGCCAGACUGGCCUCUGUAAGCUUACAAUCAGUAACGAAUGAACAAAAAAACCAAGCGCUGCUACGUAUAAAACAAGUUUUGAGUGAACGAAGACAGGAAAUAUUCGAAGCGAAUGAACGGGAUAAACAGACUGCCAAAGAACUCGUAGAAGCAGGAAAGCUUUCAAGCUCAUUAUAUAAACGCUUGGACAUUUGUCAAGGAGAUAAGUUUGACACCAUCUUGUCUGGUGUGAGCGACAUAACAUUCCUUCCAGAUCCCACCAAAAAGAUCACCUUGGCCACCAAACUGGACGACGGUCUUGAACUCUACAGAGUGAGCGUACCUGUUGGCGUGCUGUUGACCAUUUUUGAAGCUCGUCCAGAAGUCGUUGUCAAUAUUUCCUGUUUGGCCUUAAAGUCAGGCAACGCUGUGAUCUUGAAGGGAGGUAAAGAGGCAACACAGACAAAUGCUGCUCUGGCUCGUGUGAUUCAGGAUGCGUUGGCCAGUUUAGAUACGAUCCCUAAGGAAGCAGUUCAAAUCGUUGAGACACGUGAGGAUAUCAGUGCACUUCUCGACCUUGAUCGCUAUAUUGAUCUGGUGGUGCCCAGAGGCAGUAACAGUUUGGUCAAAUACAUCCAGAACAAUACAAGAAUUCCUGUUCUUGGACAUGCAGAUGGUAUCUGUUCAGUCUAUGUGGACAAGGACGCUGAUAUCGAUAAAACAGUUAAACUCGUCGUGGAUUCCAAAACAAACUAUACAGCUGCCUGUAACUCUGCAGAGACCCUGCUUGUUCAUGAGUCAUUAUUAGGCACUGAUCAUUUCAUCAAGAUCGCCGACGCUUUACUCCAAGCUGGUGUCACCUUAAAGUGCACCAGUCACGUCCGAGACGUCUUGGUGAACAGUGAUGCAAUCACCACCAAAAACAAGAUUGAAGAGGCAGUCGAUCAAGAUUUUGACACAGAGUUCUUAGAUUUGGUUAUGGCCGUAAAGUCUGUACCCGAUGUCGAAGCAGCUGUGAUGCACAUCAACGAUCAUGGGUCAAAGCAUACGGAUGCAAUCAUUACUGAAAACAGGCAGACAGCCGAUUAUUUCAUGACUCGGGUCGAUGCUGCUGGCUGUUAUUGGAACGCAAGUACACGAUUUGCGGAUGGGUUCCGUUAUGGAUUUGGUGCUGAGGUCGGUGUCAGCACGAACAAGACACAUGCUCGUGGUCCUGUCGGUCUUGAAGGUUUAGUCAUUUACAAGUAUAAACUCAUUGGUCAUGGUGACAUCGCCGGUGAUUAUGGUACGGGUAAAAAGAAGUUUAAACAUGAAUCCAUUGAUCCCUCCGAAUACAAGGUGUAA